CGCUAUUCAACAACAGUUCCGGAUGAUCUAUUCAAACAUCUAGUUGACAAAUCCAGUGCUUCAAAACUAGACCCUAAUUCCUUUCUACGAUUGCUGAGAUCUUGGACAGAACAGCCUGGCUUCCCGGUUGUCAAGGUCGAAAGGAAUUAUUUAUCAACUUCAGCGCAAAUUACUCAGACACGAUUUCUCCUAAAUAGUCAAACGACACCGGAUCCCACUCUGUACUACAUCCCGCUCAAUUGGGUGGGGCCUGGAGGAGAUUUCACAGACACAACGCCCAGGUCCUAUCUCACAAAUACACAGCAGUGGCGCAUGCUUAGUGGAUUGCCGUCAGGAGGACAAUGGGUGAUAUUCAACGUCCAAGCUACCGGUUUCUACCGAGUGAAUUACGACGACACGAACUGGCGGCUGCUGUCCGCCCACCUGCAGGAC